CUUCUCUCUUUCUCCAAUAGUAGUAAUAUAAAUAAUCAAAUAUUGAACAUGGAUACCUCGGAUGACGAGAUAUUUAUCACUCCUCCAAGUUCUCCUGUUAUGCAACCGUUUGAAGGUGAUGAAACUCUGGAUUUGGCAGUAUGGAAACUAAACAUCUUUGAUGAAGAACUCAAGAAACUGGUGGCCAAAAGAAAGGACUGUGAUUUGGAGCUUAAAAGAUGUAUGGCUUUACUUUCAGCGUUCAAGACCAAGACAGGGAGAAGAUAUACAAAAACAUCAACCAAUCCACCUACAGCAUCCAGUCGCCCGAACAAACAACAACAGACUUUACGAAAAAGAACCCAAUCCAAAAUUACCAAGAAAGAAGCUGCUGUUAAAACGACUACUGUUAAUACAACUACACCUGUGAAAUCUCGUCCUGUUGAUAUAACGCAGUUCAAACCUCGUUUACCUGACAUGAAGAUAUCAAACGAUGCAACAAUGAAUUCUGUACUCAACAUUGACUUUGACAAAGGCAAGAAUAAGAAGAAUAAUAUUAGUAACAACGAAAACAACCAUGGAAACAUUAUAACAUCUGAAUCGAGUCAUACCACAUUCAACAAAAAAAUUGAAGGAACUGAGGAACAUACCUUACCAUCAUCGUCGUCUACACCAUCCACAAUUGACCAACAACAGAAAGAAGAAAAAAAAACGGAACAAAUAUUGGAAUAUCAGAAGCUACCACAGGAAAUGGAUUCUCUCAAUCGUCCUAAUAUAUCUGUCAUUAGUUCAAACGUGCCAAAAAAACCUGAUACAACCAAUCCUGCCACUUUAUCCAGACUGAAUAAUCGUCCACAUCAACCCAUGGCCUUCCAUAACCAAAUUCCAACUAGACCAUCCAGUAGCUGGAAACCUAUGAAUGAUACUAUGCACACACCAAUGAAUCAACAUAUAUAUCCAGCCUCAGUAUCUUUUCCCAAUGGAUCUCGCACAACACAACCUAUUCAUUACCCUCGUGAUACACGAUCAUCAGUCUUUACAAACAACUCGGGGUCUCACUUUGUACCAAGUUUGCAGCAACCUCAACAGCAACGCAAUUAUCCAAAGAUUUUCAACAGAGCAAAUAUUCCUAGCAAACCAUCAUCUGUAACAACAACGAAAAGUCAACUAAACAAACCCGCAAGUGUGGAAAUUAGUCCUGGCGAUAGUUCCAUCAAACAGCCUCCUGUACCAAAGAAAACAUCACAUUAUCAAUCAACAUUAAAAUCACUUGGUAUAUCAAAUAUGGAUUGGAUGGACUCGGACUUGUCAACUUCAACAACAACAACAACUACAUCAGGACCAGAACAAACAGCGGAUACAAGCCGACGACUAUGCGUUUUCGAAGCGAAUGGAGGAACAUGCAAUGAUGACACUUGUAUGUCCCAACACUUUCGGGACUUUAGAUAAAAAAAAAAUAAAAUGGUACGAUGGAUUAGUAUAGUUGGUUUGAAAUAUGAAGGAAUUAUACAACUAGGGUGGUAGUAUAGAGAGAAGGGGGUGAUUGGUCAAAAGGUUAGGCGUAAAAUAUGGGAUUUAUAUGAUAUCUGUUGUUUUUUAUUUUAGAUGAUUACCUUUUAUCAAUCCCUUUAGUCUAAUAUAUUAUUAUUUUUUUAUUCUACUUUUUAUCAAAUAAAGUAAAAUAUCUUGAUAUGAAUAUUUUAUCGUGAC